CGCAUCCGGCUAAUAAUAAGGUAUAUUAUCGCUAGGAAAAUGUAUGUUGCCGGUCAAUCGUUGCGUUUGAAUUUAUGUGCGGGCAGUUUUUGAAUUCUGGAGGAUUUAGUUUAUAAAACCGGUGAAAAUGAGUGUCAUAAUCGGGACUGUGAUUCUUGUCCUGGCAGUUGUAUCUCUAUCCCACGGAUCUCCAUAUACUUUAGGCGAUCUCGCAGAGUAUGAUUACGGAAACUUCGGGCCGCUUCUUCAGUUUUCUCCAUACGGCGGUUAUGGUCCGGGCAUGGGGUAUGGUGGUGGACCUGGUUAUACCGACUACGGCUACUACGGCUACGGGAGCGUAUACCCGGAAUUCGGGAGCGGAUAUUACGGUGGUGGACACGGGUAUCCCGGCGGUUACGGAGGCGGUGGCUAUUACGGUGGGGGCUUGGCUCCAGGUUACGGAAACGGAUACUAUGGCAUGGGCGGUUAUGGUGGCUAUGGAGGCUACGGCGAUGGCGGUUUCUAUGGUAACGGCCUGGGUUACGGCGGUAACGGCAUCGGUUACGGUGGUAGCGGUAUUGGAUACGGUGGUGGAUAUUAUCCGAGCGGUGGGUAUGGGUACGGUGGAGGUCCGGGUUAUAUUCGGCAGCCGGUCGGGGCGUUAGGCGGUCCGGUAGCGGGCGGUUUUGGUGGACCGGUUACUUCGGGUUUCGGUGUGCCGGUAACCACUGGAUUGGCGGGACCGGUUGCCAGUCCCGUGUCGCCGGGAUUCGGUUCAUCGGGAUUCGGAAGUUCCGCGAACGCCCUGGGAGGUGGAACGAUUGCGAACGGGAAUAUCGGGUCGUCCAAUACGGUGUUGACACAGGGCGGAUUAUUUGAUAGUUUAUUAGGAUUCGCUAAUAGUCAGACGCAUGCGACGGGAAGCGGUGGGAAUAUCUUUUCCGUUGCCACAUCCAAAGGCAAAUGAAUUUAACCACAAAUCGUGUUAGAUGUUUACUUUCAUUUUUAUAUAUUUUUGUGCUGCUGGAUCAACCAAAUACGAACGCAGAUAGUGGUGAAUAAAAAACACUACGUCAA